CGUUAAAUUCCGGCGAGAGUCUUGUCCGAUGGCGGAAGCAGAUGGACGUCGGAGGAUCUCCCUUGGUCCCCCGACGUUCUGGACGCAGGCGAACGCCCUCCUCAGGAAGAACUUCACCUUCCAGAAACGGAACUAUAAGACAAACUUUGGUCUCAUCAUCUUUCCAGUCGUCCUAUGCUUGAUACUUUUCCUUAUACAAAAGCUGGUCGACCAAGAGCUAGAUAAAUCGAAGUACAAAUGUGGCUGCAAGUGCGUGGACACAAGUACAGAUGGUUCGUGCCGGAUGGCUUGUGGAAUCCAGUACUCGACUCUGGACCAGGCUUCCUCAUGUCCCAUCCCUAACCCACCGAAAUGGCCAGCUCUCAUGCAGAUUCCACUGUCUGAAAAUCGGGCUGUGAGAUCUGAUUCCGAUCUCUCAUUGGACUUGCCCGAUAGUUCGUGCAAGCAAACGCAAUCAUGCCCCGUGACUGUACUAUUUACUGGAGGAAACAAAACCUUGGCAAACCGUGUAGCUGAGAAUUUUUUUACCAACAGUCUUCCUGUAAACCUGUCAGAUCUUUUCGGUAGCUUAGCCAAUCUCCUUCUAGGAACAAGCACAACGCCUCUGGAUACCCAGUUUAUUGAACCUGCUUUUCUCUCUGAAAGUCCUUUAUACAUCAUCCUGCCACAGUGUCCAGAAAAUUUUUCCUUCCCAAUCUCUAUCCCACUAGACUCGACUCGACUCAUGCCAGAGGUAAAAUGUGUAAAAGGUCUCAACUUAUGGCGAAAUAAUUCAUUGGAUAUUAAUGCUGAGUUGUGCAAGGGUUACAGGAAGGGGAACACGAAAAAAGAGACUAACGAAUUUGUUGCAGCUUAUGAUUUGUUGGACACAAAUGAGAAUAGGUUCAGCAUAUGGAUUUGGUAUAAUUCAACAUAUAAGGAAGACCUAGGGAUGAGUCCUAUGAAGUUGUUGAGGAUUUCACGCUCUCUGAAUAUGGCAUCAAAUGCCUACCUUCAGUUCCUUAAAGGUGCCGGUGUAAAGAUACCUUUGCAGUUUGUGGAGGAAAUGCCAAAAUCUGCGACACAGGCCAAAUUGAGCUUUUCAUCUCUCCUUGGUGGACUUUUCUUCAGCUGGGUUAUUGAGUUACUUUUCCCGGUAAUGGUAACGUAUUUGGUCUACGAGAAGCAGCGGAAUUUGAGAAUCAUGAUGAAAAUGCAUGGGCUUGGUGAUGGCCCAUAUUGGUUGAUUUCUUACAGCUAUUUUCUGUUCAUUUCAUUUGUAUAUAUGUUCGGCUUCGUCUUCUUUGGCUCCAUCAUUGGAUUGGAUUUCUUCCGAGUCAAUGACUACAGCCUGCAGUUUGUGUUGUAUUUCAUUUACAUAAACUUGCAAAUUAUGCUGGCCUUCCUAGCAUCAUCAGUCUUUUCUGAUGUUAAGACUGCUACAGUUGUAUGUUACAUAUAUGUGUUCGGGUCAGGAUUCUUAGGAAUGGGGCUCUUUCAAGUGUUUGUUGAAGACGAAACCUUCCCAAGAAAAUGGGUUGUGGUUAUGGAGCUUAUACCAGCUUUUUCCCUGUAUCGAGGUCUGUAUGAGCUUGGGCAGCAUUCGUUCAUAGGACAAUAUAUGGCAACUAAAGGCAUGCAGUGGGAGGAUCUGAAUAGAAGUGGGAACGGAAUGAAGGCUGUCUUAGUUAUCAUGAUUGUGGAAUGGUUCAUUCUUCUUCCAGUUGCUUACUACUUAGACCAAGUUGUCUCAGCAGGAAGCGGAGUCAAGAAACAUCCUUUGUUUUUCUUGAAGUCCUGCCAAAAGAGAACUGCACAAACAUUACUCAGGCCAAACGUACAAAGGCAAGGGUCUAAUGUUGUGGUAGAUAUGGAGAAGCCUGAUGUUUGCAGAGAGAGAGAGGUGGUCGAAGAGUUGCUUCUGAGUUCCCAUUCAGCUCAUUCAAUCAUAUGCGAUAGCCUUAAAAAGGUAUACCCUGGGAAGGAUGGAAAUCCAGAGAAACAUGCUGUCCGAGGCUUGUCUCUUGCUUUGCCUCGAGGAGAAUGCUUUGGAAUGCUUGGCCCUAAUGGUGCUGGAAAAACAACCUUCAUCAAUAUGAUGAUCGGACUUAUAUCACCCACGGCAGGUACUGCGUACAUUCGAGGUUUUGAUAUAAGGAAAAAUAUGGAUAAAAUAUAUACAAGCAUGGGAGUCUGUCCACAACACAACUUGAUUUGGGAAACAUUGACGGGAAGAGAGCACCUCCUAUUUUAUGGUAGAUUGAAGAACCUCAAAGGUUCUGCUUUAAGUCAAGCAGUGGAAGAGUCGUUGAAAAGUGUCAAUCUUUUCAAUGGAGGUGUCGGUGACAAAUUAUCCAGAAAAUACAGUGGAGGCAUGAAAAGGAGGCUCAGUGUUGCCAUUUCGUUGAUUGGGGAUCCUGAAGUCGUCUAUAUGGAUGAACCCAGCACCGGGCUAGAUCCUGCUUCAAGGAAUAACUUGUGGAGUGUCGUGAAACGUGCAAAGCAAGAUCGGGCAAUCAUACUAACAACACAUUCCAUGGAAGAGGCAGAGGUUCUUUGCGAUCGACUAGGUAUUUUUGUAGAUGGGGACUUGCAAUGCAUUGGAAAUCCCAAAGAGUUGAAGGCUAGGUACGGAGGAUCAUACGUAUUCACAAUGACAACAUCGGCUGACCAAGAGGAAGAGGUUGAAAACCUAGUGCGGCAACUUGCUCCAACAGCUAACAAAAUAUACCACUUAUCAGGCACCCAGAAAUUUGAGUUGCCAAAGCAGGACGUCAAAAUUGCAGAGGUGUUCAAGGCCGUGGAAAGAGCGAAGAGAAAGUUGAUCAUCCAGGCAUGGGGAUUAGCAGAUACCACCUUGGAGGAUGUCUUCAUAAAGGUUGCUCGACGAGCAGAAUCAUUCACCGUGCUUCCUUGAUGGUGCGUAUGAUGGUUAUGAUGUGCGUGCGUUUUACUGUAGAUUACAUUUGGAUCUUUGCAUAUUUAGUUUGCAAUCCUUUUAGACCGACAACUAUUUGUAUAUUUAGUGUGCAAUUUUUAAUCGUUCUGUAAAAAAUCCAUAACUAUGUACUUUUGCUUUUU